AGCAUUAAAGAUGGCGGGAUUCCGCGAUAGGGAAAAACAAUUUUUCCCACUUCAAAAUAUUCAAGAUGUUGUAAAACUGUUUCGGGACCAGUUGACGUGUGGCGAGGAGCCUAAUUUAUCAUUACUAUCUAUUGUUCUAGGAGUCAUCGAAAAUAUUCUGACUGUCAACAGGGCAGUACCAACAGAAGUGGAUAAUUCUUCAAAUCUGGAGCCGAUAUUCCCGGUCGUUGAACUGCAUACAAUUGAAGCUCUUUAUUCCAAAUUUGAGACACAUAUCAAACGAUCUGUAGAUCUGACCAGGUUUCCGGGUAACCAUGCCACAAGGGAGCUUGUCAAACAUGUCUCUGAUGUUAUUUGGGGCUCCCUUACGCGAAGUUUUUACAAGGACAAGGCACAUCUUCAGUCGUUGUACAGUUUUCUAACGGGUAACAAGUUGGACUGCUUUGGAGUAGCUUUUGGGGUUGUUGCAGCUUUUCAGAUUCUGGGGUACAAAGAUGUCCAUCUUGCACUUUCAGAAGAUCAUGCUUGGGUUGUCUUUGGGGAAGAUCUUGCAGAGACAGCAGAAGUUACAUGGCAUGGGAAAGGAAAUGAAGACAAGAGAGGCCAGCCCAUAACGGCAGGGACUUCUGAGAAAAGCUGGCUCUACUUGAAUGGUCACCCAGUCAUCUGUACCAGACAAAUGGAGGUGUCGUCCAUUGUGAGUGGAAUAAACCCCUCUAUCACAGCCACCAUGGACAGUGUGGAGUUAGGGUCACUACAACAGGAACUUUUGUGGCUUCUGUAUGACCUAGGGCAUUUGAAAAAAUAUCCAAUGGCACUUGGUAACCUUGGCGAUCUGGAGGAGAUAUCCCCUACAGAAAAUCGACAGAAACCAAUAGAACUUUUUCAUGAAGCAAUAGCGAGCAGUCAGGAGUUUUACAAUGACCAGCAUGUCUACCCUUAUACGUAUCUGGGAGGGUAUCUUUACCGCAAACAAGACUACCAUGGAGCACUUCAAGCCUGGGCGGAUGCAGCUUCAGUCAUCAAAAAGUAUAACUAUAGCAGGGAAGAUGAGGAGAUCUACAAGGAAUUCUUAGAGAUAGCCAAUGAUCUGAUUCCCUCCAUGAUGAAACAUGUGGCAGGUGAAAACGCAGCCAGGAUUCAUCACACCUCACUUCUGUACAGCCCUGAGAGCUAUGCCAAUUUUCUACGCUUUUAUGAUGGCAUAUGUGAGUGGGAAGAGGAUAGUCCUACCCCCGUCCUUCACAUCACAUGGGCCAAACAGCUGGUGUUCUCAAUCUCAAAGUUCGACACCAGUGUAAGAGUUGGGGUAGAUCUGAAAGGAGAAAAUGGGGAUGAAGAUGAAAGUGAGGAUAGUGAUGAUGAAGAUAAUAAUAGUGGUGAAACAAAGGACAAAAAUCAGAAUGUUAAGGAAGAAAGUUCACGAAAUAGGACGGAGGAAAGUGAUAUGGAAGGGGGAGUACCUACAGGGAAGGGUAGAGGGGGAAGGCCAGGCAAAAGGAGGACCAUUUCUACAGUCUCAAAAACGUCCACAGUAAACGGCAAUUCAGAGGAGGAUAAGAUUAAGAGCGCCAUUCAAGAACUCGAAAGCAAAGUAGGAGGAGAGGAAAAUGAGAAGGAGGAUAUAAAUCCAAACAUCCCAGACCUGGCUAAAGCUUGCAGUGAGUCCAUUUUGAAUCCUGAGUUUUUACUGGGAGGUGGAGAACCUUUCACCACAGCAACCACCACAACUUCAGUAACAACAUCAACCUCAGAAGCUUCUUCUAGAGGAGAUCUGGAUGAUUUCCUGAGCAGCAAGUCCAAUGGAUCUCCCUUCAUGGGAAUGACUGUUGACUCCAUGCUAAAAGCAGAGAGUCCGUCUGACAUGAUCAUGUUCAGAAAGAGGCCUCCGUCUGCUCUUACCCACACACCUUCCCCUCUACUGGAAAAUAGAGAGGGACAGUCAGAGACAAUCAUUCCGAGUCCCACUCCUAAUGAACAAGGGCCACCAGUAAUUCUGUGCUUGAGGAGCCAAAAGAUGAAAGGUUUGAAAAAGAUCUUUUCAUCUUCCAAGUUGAAUGCGAGUGCAAUUAAGUUACAGUUAACAGCCCAGUCACAGGUUCAUUUCAAACACAGUAAACGAAGUACAGAUUCAGAUUUAACAACACACAGAAAGCGGUCUCGGAGAGAGUAAGUGGGAUCUAGGGCAUCUGUCUCCUUUUAUAGGUAUAUAUUGACCUUCUUUUUAUGUUAACAGGUUGUCUUUCAGCUCAGUGUAGAUCAAAGUAAUGUACACUCAUAAGUUCAUCUGUAUAUAGUGAAAUUCAUGUACCUGAAUAAACAGCAUAGUAAUGUAGCACUCUAUUGCCAUUAUCAUUCAUACGCAUUCAGUCAUAUAAAUGUACAUCCCAAAUAUUUGUUAUGACAGACCAAAUCAUGUUACACUUGCAUCACUGAGUUUUUGGGUUGCAAUAUUUUGUAGUUUUUGUUAAUGACAUUGUUGAAUAAUUGUGUGUUUGAGCAGUAUUAGAAAAGUUUGUCUUCUAUUUCAUAAAUAUUGUGUAAAACUUGUGGCAUGUAGGGGAGGGCCCCACAGAAUUUGUAGGUGCCCAAUGUUAAUUACUCAGUUAAAAGUUUUUCUGGUUCUCUUUCAGAUUCGCUACUGGAAAUCACUAAUGUUUUGUAUAACUUUUUUGCAAGACAUUCCCUUGUUCUGGCAUUGAGGCAGUUUCAGUAUAGCUCUCAAGAAUUAAACAUGAUUUACUAUAGUGGUAAAUUCAAUUAAUGAUUCGUUUAGUGUUUUUUCAGAAGCUUAAGUUUAUGUAUUUUAAUUACCCAGGUUACAUUAGCAGAUUAGAGUGGGGUUGAGGUGAGUAGAUCAGAAAGGCAAAGGCUAAGAAAGAUAACUUUUGUACCGGUAAUUCCCUUGAUAAACAACA